UUAAUUUGGAGCAAUUAAUGACGAUGUGCAGAAAAACAUCUGUGAAAAUUUUACAAAACACCAACAAAUCAGAGCAGCACCGAAGCGAAAACUUCUGCACACUCUAUUCACUCACCGAAAGUUUGAAGGUCAGUUCGUGUUGGCGAGUCCCGCAGGAUGUUUGCAAUUCGGUAUAGAGACAACACACUGUGCAUUAACUGAGGCCCACAAAACCAAGGAAAACAAAUUUGGAGUUGGAUGUCAUAACAGAAUAAAGGAAGUGUUUGGUGUGGCCUAUUAGCAUUUUGUGUUUAUUUACAAAAUGGAGACGUGCAGAACUUGUGCUAAAUGUGAUUUCGAAGAUGAUAAGAGUUGGUUCGAUUUGUUCCAUCCAACAUGUUGGGAGGAGGAAAUAGGAAAUAUACGUAUGGAAAUUAGUUACUGGAAAUUAAAGAUCUCACAAAAUGAUGGUCUGCCACAGAAAAUUUGUGUGGAUUGUUUCUCAAAAUUCUGUACAGUUUACACAUUUCAUGCAGAAUGUCAGGAAGCACAAUUAAAAUUAAAUAAUAUCUUCGAUAAGAUAGAUGCACAAAGUUUGGAAGAGGAUUCUAUAGAUAACUUGAGUCACAAUAAAUUUAUGGAACUAACAAAUAUAUAUGAUGAGACUAGUGAUAUCAUUGAAGAAGAACAUUCUAAUAGUGCAUAUAGUUUAAAUACUGCAACUAAUUUAGUGGAUGAAAUCGUAGAACAAGCAGAAAACUCAAAUAUAUUACAAAUGGAGGUUUCAAAUGUAGCUAAAGCGACAACUUCCGCUAUAGUAACUUACACUGCCGUAAAUAAGAACUCCAACGAAAUUGUAGAAAUACCACCAAAAUCACCACCACCAACAACAACAACGACAACGACCGGUCCAUUAGUUGAGCAACAAUUAGCUGAAGUUGAUAUCUUAAGUUAUAAUCAAAUAAAUGAAGAUAGCAUAAUUGAUCAAUUAGUUGAGGAUAUGAUUGAGGAGAUUGAGCCAGAAAGUGAAACACAUAUUACGAAUACUGAACUAGAGACUGCAAAUGGACCAGAUAAAAAUGAAAUCGUAUAUACUUUUGAAUGUAAAUUCUGUUAUAAAUGUAGAGCUGAAAAUAGUAGAAACUUCUCUACCCAACAGGAACUGUUAGCACACAUCACAGCCAUGCAUAAUACUGAAUAUCCAUUUAACUGCCCGCACUGUGAACAAGGUUUUCAAGAUGCUGCUUCACGUACAGUGCACAUCAAGAAUCAACAUAUUGAAAAACAUUUUAAUUGUGAUGUUUGUGGUAAAAAGUAUGCAGAUCGUUUCAAUUUACGUCAUCACAUUGAGAAAUAUCACAGUGACACUGAUUUCGAGUGUCUGAUAUGUGAAAAACGUUUCUAUUCACGUAAGAGUCUUAAUUAUCAUAUGAAAUGGCAUAAUCCUGCUCGACAAUUUAAAUGUAGCCACUGUGAUCGAUUAUUUAUUAACCAGCGACAUCUGAAGUGUCACGAAGAAACGCAUACAGGAGUUAGAAACUCAGAGCAUUGCACUUUUUGUGGAAAAUCUUUCAUACACUUAAAAACUUUACGCUGGCAUAUAUAUCGGAAGCAUGGUGGCGACAAACCCUAUAAGUGUGGCAACUGUACAGAAGCUUUCGAUUCUUACAUAGAGAAACGUUUACAUAUGCUAGAUCUACACUUGGAGAAUUUGACUUCUAUUGAAAGAACCGAAUGUAUGCUCUGCCAUAUACGUUAUGAAAACGAAAUAGACUUAAAGGAACAUAUGUUGGAAGAGCAUAAACAGGCCCGUAAGCUGACCAACAACAAUAACAACACACUUAUCAUUGCCAAUAAUAAGCGUAUUUUACAAAAUAAGAAACAGAAAAAUUAUAAUGGUCUACUGCAGUGCCAGGUUUGCUCACAGCGCUUUAAUAUGAAAUCAGCACUGGAGCGUCAUCUAGCCGUGCACUCUACAGAAGGACGUCCAUAUGCAUGCCCACAGUGUUCAAAGCGUUUUAAACGCGCCCAAGACAUGAAUUGGCACAUGAAAACUCAUUCCAAUGAAAAACCUAAUAUAUGUGAUGUAUGCGGUAAGGGGUUUGCACUGAAAUAUGUGCUAAAUCAACAUAAAAAAAGUCAUGAAGUUUUAGAGAAAAAUUUUACUUGCAUAACAUGUGGACGUUCAUAUCUUUUUGAAAAAUCAUUGCGCCUACAUGAGCGAUCCCAUUCGCAGCAGAACUAUUACAAAUGUGGACUUUGCAGUGAAAGUUUUGGAACUCAUAUUAAAUUAACUUGCCAUAUGCGUAAAACGCAUGACACGAUCAACAAUAACCGGGAACUACCUUUGGAUGAGUUGAUAAAUAUUGUGAUUUCUUAAAGAAAAAAAUACUACUAUUCCAAAUAUAUAUAAUUAUUUAUUUCAAAUACAAUAUUUACCAAAGAAAUAUAUAUCUUAAAUAUAUUUACAAAUUCAUUUAAAAAAUAUAUAUAUAAUACUAGAGACUACUGCGAAAAGCUGGAACCUGUUAGAAGUAUGCCUAGAAGACUGGAUUGCACGCUAAGCCUACUAAAAAAAUGUAAUUGCUCCGCCACGUAAAAAAUACUCGAGAAAGCAUUACAUUUAUUUAUUAAUUAAAAACAAUUUACUUUAUUAAAGCACAAAUCAUUAAAGAAAAAUUUUAACGUUAGUUAAAUGCUCAAAGUAUAUGCAUUUAUUUUCAA